UGUCGCGUGUCUGGAAGAAGUGAAAACUUUCCUGGGCAGCAAAGGGCUCACCUUUCCUGAGCUGGAACAGCCAGAGUGGCUGGAAAAGCUACACUUCAUGGUAGACAUGACAGCGCACCUGAACACGCUGAACACAGCUCUUCAGGGGAAAGGACGUACAGCCCUGCACAUGUUGGAGGAUGUUUUGGCAUUCGAGCGCAAGUUGACAGUGCUUGCCAGAGAUUUACAGAAAGGCACUUUGUCUCACUUCCCCAAUUUGAGAGAGUUCAAACAAGGUCACGACAUGAUAAUUUCGGAGUAUUUACAUUCUGCAAUCAUCGCAAUGCAAACAUCGUUUGGGAAACGCUUCUGUGAGUUCAGAGAGGAAAAAAACACAUUAUCCUUCCCGGUCACUCCCUUAAGCAUCGAUCCUUCCCUACUGAAUACGACUGCAUUGGCAGGUGUGAGUCAACCUGAUCUUGAGAUGGAACUGGCCGACAUAGCCGACAAAGACAUAUGGGUGUCCAAGUUUAGACGCUUGACAGCAGACCUUGAAGAUGUUGCCCGUCAGAAGGCCGUUCUUGCUCAGAAACACAAAUGGAGUGAUAUUGAAAACCUCACAGAUGACAGCUUGCGAUCCUGUGUAAAGAUGAAGGUGACAUCAUACAGCCCUGAUGUGCAGACGCUGUGCGCUGAGGUCCAGGAGCAGAAAUCCCAUUAACCAAGAUGACAGCUGGCUGACGUUAUUUUUGGUUUGCUGCUGGCGGAAAAUUUAAGUUCGGCGUUUUUCAUAAAUACAAGAAGGACUCAAAUAGACAUUGAAUAUUUUACUUAAAAGUAACUUUCAACCCAACGUCUUUUUUUCGGAGUUCAAAAUGUUUUUGUUGCAUGCAGAAAUGUAAUUUCGUUUUCUCUGCAGGAGUUCAUCAAUUUCAUAAAUGCAACACAUUAUAGUUUGUUUAUACAUAGCAUAAAGGCAAAAAAAACGUUGUAUGCAGUGUUAUUUCAUUUUAAAUGUCAAACGGGUUUUGCGGCUCCCAGUGUUUUCUUUUCUGUGGGAAACG